AUGUCAAGUGAAAUUCGUUGUUAUUUAUUUAAUAACAAUGAUUCUGGUCUUAUAUUUAAUCCUGAUUCCAUUCGCACACUUCGUCAACAAUAUCGAAUCGUUGGUUGUUUAACAGGAAAUCUACCUGAUUAUUCUCAUCAAAAUAAUCAACUUGGUUUACCAUUACAAUUAUCUUAUGAACAAUGUUAUUUAUUAUCGAUGAAAAAUAUCAUUCACCUAUAUAAAAUUACUUUUCCCAUUUCAGAUGAUCAAAAUGAUUAUUUUGAAUAUAUUUCACAACUAGAAAAUCAAUAUGAAAAACAAAAAGUUCAAAAUGGACAUGAAAAAAUCAAUGAAAUAUUAUUAAAUCGACAAACUAUUCUACAAACAACAAAUCAACAACAAACUGAUGUUGAUCAAAACGAUUCAUUUCUUCACUCAUUACUUCAAACAAAUAAUGCUUGGAUCAAUUCAUCAAAAUCAUUAGAUCUUAAUGAACAAAAUCUUUUAUUAAAUGUUAUUCAACAACGUCUUCAACAAUUUACAUUUGAUUUUAUGUUAAUUCAACUUCCAUUACAAUCAACAAGAACAAAUCUUUCAUUUCAAAUCAUUAAUCAUGAAGAAUUUAAACAAACUCUUCAACCAAUUCAACAAUUACAUUCUGACAUUUUUUGUGAUUUAUAUGAAAAGAAUUUGUUUAUUUCAAAUGGACACAAAUUUGGUGGAGAUUAUUUAGUUUAUUUUGAUGAUCCAUCCAAAUCUCAUUCAACAUUUAUUAUUAAAUGUAUUUUAAAUAAUCAAAAUCAAUCUUCGUCUUCUUCGUCUUCUUUGAUUCCACUAACACAUCUUAUUGCACAAUGUCGUGUGGCUGUUAAUGUUAAUAAAAUAUUUGUUUUAGCUACUAAAA